UGUAGUUCGGUGGGACUGGAUAGUCAUAUCCCUCCGUACUGAAUGUCUCUGCAAUCAUCGCCCCCCUCCCGUUUCUGACAUCGGGACCUCAUAAAUAAAGCGGAGGGAGCAAACGUUAAAUCUCAAGAUGAAUUUAAGUCUGGAUCUGUCUCGGAGAAACCCACAGGAGGACUUUGAGUUGAUCCAGCGGAUCGGGAGCGGAACCUAUGGGGAUGUGUACAAGGCUCGUAAUGUCAACACUGGAGAACUGGCUGCUAUCAAAGUCAUCAAACUAGAACCAGGAGAAGACUUUGAUGUUGUGCAACAGGAGAUUAUUAUGAUGAAAGAUUGUAAACACUCAAACAUCGUUGCAUACUUUGGCAGUUACCUCAGGAGAGAUAAAUUGUGGAUCAGUAUGGAAUAUUGUGGCGGGGGCUCACUCCAGGAUAUUUACCAUGUUACCGGGCCUUUGUCAGAAUCCCAGAUUGCAUAUGUGUGUCGGGAAACCCUGCAGGGUGUUUACUAUCUCCAUAACAAAGGCAAGAUCCACAGAGAUAUAAAGGGAGCAAAUAUUCUUCUAACAGAUAAUGGCUACGUUAAGCUAGCGGAUUUUGGUGUGUCAGCUCAGAUAUCAGCAACUUUAGCAAAAAGAAAGUCCUUCAUUGGAACUCCAUAUUGGAUGGCACCUGAGGUGGCAGCAGUGGAGAGGAAAGGGGGCUACAAUCAGCUGUGUGAUAUUUGGGCUGUGGGCAUUACAGCUAUUGAGCUAGCGGAGUUGGAGCCGCCAAUGUUCGACCUGCACCCAAUGAGGGCACUCUUUCUAAUGACAAAGAGUAAUUUCCAACCACCCAAACUGAAAGACAAAGUCAAGUGGACAAAUAAUUUCCAUCACUUUGUAAAAAUGGCUUUGACCAAAAAUCCCAAAAAGAGACCAACCGCUGACAGAUUACUGCAGCACCCAUUUGUUACCCAGCCACUUAGCCGGACUCUUGCCAUUGAGCUGCUAGACAAAGCCAACAACCCUGACCACAGCACACACAGCGAUGUAGAAGAGGAUGACAUUGACCCAGAGUCUCCUGUGUCAGUUCCACAUCGAAUCCGCUCAACAAGCAGGAGCUCACGAGAUGGAAAGACUCUUUCUGAGAUUAACUUUGGUAAGGUGAAGUUCAACCCGCCUCUGAGGAAGGAGACAGAACCACACCAUGAGAUGGAUCUACAGUUAGAGCCUCAAAGCAUUCUUGGAGACAACAUGAGUCUAUUAAAAUCUGUCGCUGAGGAACUUAAUCAGAGGGGUCAUGUGACACAUUUAGAAGAUGAGGAUGAAGGUGAUAAUGAUUUGCACUGUAACUCUACUUCAACCAUGAGGCCUAAAGUUCCACCUCCACUUCCACCCAAGCCGAAGUGUCUGUCCCCCUCUCAGAACAGUACAGUCUCAGAUGACAAUACUGGAGACGGAACCAUAAAACGUUGUCCAACGUCUGCAAGAUCCACCCCUCCUGCUCGCCCUGCUUCCUGUGUGCCCCCCAGACCGCCACCUCCACGCCUGCCUCCACAUAGGCGUAGUAGUCUAGGUAACGAACCAUCUGAGCAUGCUCAGACAGAGCCAGCAGGGGAUGAUGGGAUAUAUAGGUUCUGGGAAUGGCUUCAUGCUGAACAACAGGAGGAAAAGAGUAAUGGAGUCUGCUCUGCCCAGGAGAAUGGAGAGAGAGAAAGACUGGCCUCCCUUCCCUCAUCCAGUCUGCAGAAACCAAUCAGCAAUGGCCUGCCACCAACCCCUAAAGUACAUAUGGGAGCUUGUUUCUCUAAAGUGUUUAAUGGCUGUCCCUUAAAGAUUCACUGUGCCUGUUCCUGGAUAAACCCCAACACCAGGGAUCAGUACCUGAUUUUCGGAGCAGAGGAAGGAAUUUAUACACUUAAUCUGAAUGAACUCCACGAGAACAGCAUGGAGCAGCUGGUUCCACGGAGGUGCACAUGGGUUUAUGUAAUGAACAACUGGCUGCUGUCUAUAUCAGGUAAAGCAUCUCAACUGUACUCUUAUAACCUGACGGGUCUCUUUGAGCAAGCUCGACAGAUGCAGAAGUUACCGGUAGCCAUACCAACACAUAAACUCCCAGACAAAAUCAUCCCACGGAAGUUUACUGUGUCCAAUAAAAUACCAGAAACCAGGGGUUGUCAGAAAUGCUGUGUAGUGCGUAACCCAUACACAGGUCAUAAGUACUUAUGUGGAGCAUUCCAGUCCAGCGUAAUGCUGUUUGAAUGGGUGGAAGCCAUGCAACGCUUCAUGUUAAUAAAGAGUAUAGAGCUCACUCUGCCGUGUCCAUUAGAAGUCUUUGAGAUGCUGGUGGUUCCUGAGCAGCAUUAUCCACUGGUUUGUGUUGCAGUCAGUAAAGGAAGCCACCCUGAUCAGGUGGUCACGUUCGGCACAGUCGAUCCCAAUGCCGCCACCCCUGCCUUCACAGAGCCCGAAACACCUCAGACGUGUGUCAUUCAUGUGACUCAACUGGAGAGGGACACUGUUCUAGUGUGUCUUGAUCGGUGUAUAAAGUUGGUGAAUUUACAGGGCAGGUUAAAAUCCAACAGGAAGUUGUCAACUGAACUCACCUUUAACUUCCAGAUUGAGGCAAUUGUGUGUCUUCAGGACAGUGUUUUGGCAUUUUGGAAACACGGAAUGCAGGGGCGAAGCUUUAAAAACAGUGAGAUUACUCAGGAGAUUUCUGAUAACUCGCGAACCUACAGGCUGCUGGGUUCAGACAGAGUGGUGGUGUUGGAAAGCAAACCAACAGAGGACCCCACAGCUGAAAGUAAUCUGUACAUUCUCGCAGGCCAUGAGAACAGCUACUGACAACACCGCCUUAACACACACAAGCCACACUACAUAAAGCAUGCUACAAAGUAGACGUGUACUUGUUACUGAGACAUAUGCACCUCAUUUUCAUUUGUAAAGCUACUAAACACAAAACUACAUAAACUUUUUCUACACAAACACGGUCCAAAUACUAUAGAUUUCAACACACAAACAGUUCAAACCAAACACUACAGAUAUCUUAAUACACAAACACACUACAGAUACUUUUCAAUACAUAAACCAGUGUCAGAAAUUAACUUUUCCAUAAAGGAGCAAUAAUUUCCCCCUGGAUUUUUUAAAAAUUUUUUAGAAGCAUUUGCUACCUUUUAUGACAUUUGUUUCCUAAACAUAUAAAAACUAUAUUGUGUCAUCCUUGUAUUAAAAUUAAAUCAAUUAAUUAACAUAAGUUCUCAAUAUGAAUAUUUAGAUUGAUAAAUUAGAUUGAAUAUAUUACCUCCUCCCAUAAAAUUAAUCAAAUCAUAUUUUAUGUGAUAAUGUGUAUUUCUAUCAGAAAAGAAUUAUUUUGAAUGUAGAGAAACUUGUAUUUGGCGUAAGUCCCAUCCUACGAUUCAGCGCUCAUAUACUUUCUGGAACUGUCAGAUCCUGCCGGAGGCAAUGACGGCAGGGGAGCAGAGCUUACCCCUGCCCAGGACGGGACAUAAACUGGUGGAGAUGGGGUAGAGGGGGGUGAAAACAACGGAAGUAUGCGAUCAAUAGAGACCGGUGUGUAGGCUUAUAAAUUGGAGGCUGUAUUGUGAUUGGAAGAAAUGCCUGAUUGAAUGAAAGCGUAAGGAUCCAGAGUCUUCCUGCUAGAUCUAUGCUUCCAUAACUAGCAGAAAUAUAGAACUAUAUCAGAUGUUAUAAAUAAAAAACAGAAUAAAUUCAUAAUGGGGGCCAUUUUUGACCCCACAUUUUGCUUUACAGGGGCAUUUUUUUUGUCAUGUUUGGUGGCAUUUUUGCCCCAAGCCCCCCUUAAUUUCUGACCCUGACAUAAAUGCAGUUCAAUGCAAACACUACAGAUACUUUUCAAUACAUAAACACAGUUCAAAGCAAACCCUACAGAUACUUUUCAAUACAGAAAUAGUUCAAAACACACACUACAGAUACUUUUCAGUACACAAACACAGUUCAAACCAAACACUGCAAGAUAUCUCAAAACACUGAACCAUUAGUUCAACAUAACAGAGAGACAUCUUAAUGUUAAAUAUGACACAGAGUAGACACAGCAGUCUAGUACCACAUUUGUCUAAAACAGGAAACAAAUUACAUUUUAUAUCUGGCAUGAUUUGCAGAUGUUGUUAGCUUUGUUGCUCUCCGUACUGCAGUGAUGCAGCCCAGCAAAAAGCUCCUCUCUGUGUCUGAAUCACUGUCGUUUUCUGUCUUCAUCCCUUUCUUUUCAUUUCACUCAUUUGGCCUCAGGCAAGUCAGUGAUCCAGUUUUAUGUCCGAUUAGAUGCAUUUUUCCAUAUUAACGGCACAAGAACACACUGGAACAUUAGGUGCACUUGGUGUUUGCAUUGUUUUUUCAAUGACAAAUGAACAAUAACUAACAACAAGGUGGCACUAUCUCAUCCCAUCGUAAUGGUUCCUCUCAUGUUAUUCAAACUGAGGAGAAGUCCUAAGGGGUAUUUUGUAUUGACCCUGAUACUGUUGCACUGUACUACCACUGUCUUGGUGAAUUCAGUAUUGAAUGAUGAAAUUGAAAGUGAUGUAAGUGAUUUUUUUUUAUUUUAUGGAAUGGUAUGCAGAAAAUGUUUCUACUCCCUGAAAGAUAUCACUGAAAUAAGUGUGCUAAGAUAUAUCAUCGGUCUUUGUGACAGCACUAGACUGCGUAAACAGCAAACAUAAAUGUGUCUGUGGGCCGCAAUGCCAAUGAGAAGACUUUGAUGUGCUUUCUGCCUGUCAAUCAUUUUGCACAUUGUCAUAGUGUAGUUGUUGAAGCAGUUUAUUAAGGUUUAAUGCCAUAUUCAGAUUCAUAACAGUCAUCAGUCUUGUGAUAGUGAACUAUCUUGUCAAGUGAUCAGUCUAGUAGCGUUGUUUUGCUACUUUUGUGCUUGACAACCCGGAGAAGACUUACUGCUGCUUUCUGGUCUUAACAGUAUCUGUGGAAAGAGGGGCAUGUCUAAUUCAACGAUGGAAGUUCUUGAACGGCUAAAAUCGCUUACAGCACCUUUAAGUGCUGCCAACAUAAAUGUUGCAUUUAUAACACCUCUCACUGAUCCAGUCAGACAUAAAGGGUAGUUCACCCAAAAAUGACAAUUUUAUCAUAAUUUACUCACCCUCAUGUCGUUCCAAACCUGUAUAACUUACUUUCUUCUGUGAAACGCAUAAGGAAAUGUUAGGCUGUAUAUUAGGGACUGAACCCCAGUCACCAUUCACUCAUUGUAUAAGGGAAAAAGCCAUGUCAACCUUCUUCAAAUUUUCUCUUUGUGUUCCAUGGAAUAAAGUGAGUCAUAGGGGUUAGGAACAACCUGAGGGUGAGUAAAUUCUGAUUUUUUUAUGAAUUAAUUACUGUGGCAGUGACUGGUAUCAGAUUCUAAUGCCAUGGUACUUUGAUAUAAAUUUACCAUGGUACUGAAUAAUUACCAUAUUCAUAUACCAUGGUAUUUGCAUGGUACUCCAAGGUUCCUCAAAGAAUAUCAUGGUUUUUCCAUGGCAAAUGUCUGAAAAUCAGUGUCCAAAAAAACAUGGUAAUACUUUAGUCCUUUUUGUAAGAUCUUCUAAGAUACUUUUUGUCCUGCCUAAUACUGUAAUCAAUGAAAAAGCAUGUUUAGUACAUAGUUUCAUCAUGCCCCACAUUUUAAUAGGAAUGGAAUUUUAGAGACCUGGAAGAUUGUUUUUAUGUGUUAUUUAUAAUGAAAAGACAAGCUUCAUGUUUAGUUAGUUACCAAGCACUGUUAGUGAUGGUUUGCACAAUACUUUUGCUCAGAUACAUUAGUGCGCUUUUCUCAGUGUGCUUUGUGUUAAUGAGUAAGCACACACUUACAGGUUGUGAUGUCAAUAGACAGAGAUCUGUUAUGCAGAGAAAAUAUAUUUAUCAGACUCACUGAAAACCUAAUAGAGAUAACACAAUGUCUUAUGAAUGCAGUAUAUGUAAAUAUGCUUUUUUAGAAUGUGGCGGUCUGUUAAGAUUUCUAUAAUUUCCAUCAGUUUGUAUGGUAUUAUAUUUGAAUACUAACUCUUGGUUUUUUUUUUUUUUUUUUUUUUUUUUUUGUUUGUUGUGUUUUGCUGAAUGGACAAAUUUAGGAUGACUCUUCAUCUUAACAUGUCUUUAAAAAUCUUAGUUUGAGCAAAGCUAAGAUCAAGCUUCAAAUGAACUGUCUCCCUAACAACAGUUUCCUGGACAAUUUAAAAUCCUGUCAAGUAACCAUGUGACAUCUUUAUAGGUCAGGACUUUUGUCAAGACUCUGAAGAAACCAUGUCCAUGACUGAGCCUAAUCUGCAGUAACAUUUAAUCUGUGUGUUUGAAAGAGUCAUUAACGUAAUAUGUGAUUCUUUGAGUACAGAGAGUGUGAACCAAUGUCAGACAUAUUCAUGUCCACUACAGCGGAGUUCUCUUAAUGUGAUGCACAUGUCUUGUAUAUAGUGUAAAAUAAUUUCAGUUUUUCAGACUGUAUAAAGCCAAUAUUUUGUUUCAAAUGUGAGAUUCUUUAAUGAGAUUUAACCCAUUAAACCAAGGUGAAAAAGAAAAACUAAAUCUCUGAAUGGU